AUGGCUCUGCACGCUCUCAAGCCGUCGCUGGCCGAAGUCCAGGCGGCGCUGCUCUCGCCCGAGCCCAAGGGCAACAUCAUCCCCGUCUACACAUCGCUCCCCUCCGACCUGCUCACGCCCGUCACUGCAUACCUCAAGCUCUCGAAUGGCGCCGACAUCUCGCGUCGCUCGUUCCUCUUCGAGUCGGUCACCGGCGGCGAGAAGAUCGGCCGCUACUCGUUCAUCGGCUCGGACCCGCUCAAGAUCAUCCGCACCGGACCGGGGCUCGAUGCAGAGGGCGACCCGCUGCUCGUGAUCGAGAAGGAGCUGAGCCCGUACAAGUACAUCCCCGUGCAGGGCCUGCCUACAUUCACUGGCGGUGCGAUCGGCUACAUCAGCUACGACUGCGUGCAGUACUUUGAGCCACGCACCAAGCGUGACCUCAAGGACGUUCUCGGCAUCCCCGAGAGCGUCUUCAUGGUCGCCGACUCGCUCAUUGUCUUUGACCACGUCUUCAGCACGGUUCGCUGCGUCAGCCACGUGCAUCUGCCCGCCGAGCACAGCAACGCCACGCCUGCCGAUGUCGAGGCGCUGUACGCCAAGGCGAACGACAAGAUCCAGCACCUCAUCAAGGUGCUCACGGGCGCCAGCACACCGCUGCCCGAGCAGCCGCCCAUCCUUACGGGCCAGGAGGCCGUGUCGAACGUAGGCCAGGCCGGAUACGAGGGCUUUGUGACGUCGCUGCGCAAGAACAUUGUCAAGGGCGAUAUCAUCCAGGCGGUGCCCUCGCAGCGCCUCACGCGCAGGACCACGCUGCAUGCGUUCAACUGCUACCGACAUCUUCGCCAGGUCAAUCCGUCGCCCUACAUGUUCUACGUCGACUGCGGCGACUGCCAGCUGGUGGGAGCCUCGCCGGAGACGCUGUGCAAGAUUGAGGCGGGCAAGGUGGCGGUGCACGCGAUUGCGGGUACGGUGAAGCGCGGCGCUAGCGAUCAAGAGGAUGCCGAGCUUGCGGCGCAGCUGGCGGGUUCGGUCAAGGACCAAGCCGAGCAUGUCAUGUUGGUGGAUCUGGCGCGUAACGACAUCAACCGCGUAUGCGAUCCCUCCACUACGCAGGUGGAGACCUUUAUGAACGUGGAGAAGUUUUCGCACGUCAUGCAUCUGACCUCUCGCAUUACGGGCCAGCUUCGCGCGGGUAAGAGUCGCUUUGAUGCGCUGCGAUCCAUUUUCCCGGCGGGUACGGUGUCCGGAGCGCCCAAGAUCCGCGCGAUCGAGCUGGUGAGCGAGCUGGAGAAGGAGAAGCGCGGCGUGUAUGCGGGUGCGGUGGGGAGGAUCGACUUUGCCGACAACGAAAUGGACGUCUGCAUCGCCAUUCGAACCAUGACGUUCAAGGACGGAUACGCCUAUCUCCAGGCCGGCGGUGGAAUCGUCUAUGACAGCGUCGAGUACGACGAGUAUAUCGAGACGAUCAACAAGCUCGGCGCAAACAUCCGAUGCAUCCAACAGGCAGAGCAGUAUUAUCUCGCCCAAUAG